AUGGCUGCUUGUGACAUGAUGAAUCACAGCGGGCCAUACACAAAGACUGACAUAGAUUGUAUCACCCCAAGAGUGAAACUGAGCGAUGACACUUUUAUCUUUAUUGAUGGUAAAUGGGUGAAUGAACUCUACCACCAGUCAACCUUUGCUUCCCACGAGAAACACUUCAGCAAGAAGUCACAUAAUGAAUGGAGCAUCUGGGAGGAGAACAGAGCACUCUGGGAGGAAAACAAAGUUCUCCGGAUUGAAAACAGCAUGCUACGGGAAGAAAAUAAAGCUCUUCAAUGCCUACAGGCACAGAAUAAAACCAUCAAGGUCAUUUAUGAUGACUCCAUUCAGCAGGGUCUCCAGAAGGAAAAGAAGCCAUUCCCAAUCUUCCAAGAGAACAGCAUAGGUGUCCAGGUUAACCAAGACAACAAAGCUCUUCAGAUUGUUAGGGAAAAGAAUAGAGCUUUAGAGCUCUUCCGUCAGGAGAAUAAAACUCUGCCCAUCAUCUGGAAAAACAGAAAAGCCAUUGCAGUCCAUGAAGAGAGCAAAGAGGCAAGCUCAGUUCUUCAGAAAGACACUCAAACUACCACAGAUCCAGAAGAAGGUCCUAGCCCUGCCCCACAGCAGGAACACGAAGCUGGCAGCUCCACUCCAACCCAGAAUGAAAAGAAGAGUGCCCCAACCAUGCAAGGUGAGUAUGCAAUUGGCCAGGCAAUGCAGAACUUAUAUCAAGCCCUCCAAGUCUUCCUUAAAGAGGACAGUGUUCUCCUUGGAGAUAAAAAGGACAUUCAGAUUCUUCAGGAGGAGAAUAAAGCCUUCCAAGAAGAGAACAAUAAACUGAGGCUGCAAUUGAAUGCUGUGAAAAAUACGGUGUCAGACAUUACAGCCCAAAUGGAAAUGUUGCAAAAAGAGCUCAAUGUCAUCACUUCCCCAAUGUAUGAAGAAGCAGGACAGAUACUGGAAAGUGAGUAUCAGCUUGGAGAGAUAUAA